AUAAAUACGCUUGAAUUUAGUAAAAGAAAGUGUUCUCGAAUUGUUUGUGUGCCAAACAUAUUCUUAUUUUUUAUUAAUUACUUCUAAAAUAGUUUUCAUCCAAUUUUCCUAUUCAUCAUUCAUUCCUCGUUGCUCUCUCUAGCGACCUGUACUCUGCACUUCAGAUCUCCGGUAAGUUCCGAGCCUGUCCUCCAUUGUCUACUGCCUCUUUUUUUAAUCAGACUCCUCGCUCUCUCUUUAAAGACGAAGAUGGUUAUAAGCUGUUAAAAUUGAACUUGGCAGCUGCUUUGUCUUUUUAUUUUUUGGGAAAAAGUGAUUAGUAGUAAAAGUUGGUAGUGUUUGGUAAAAUAAGUGCUUUUUGUGUAAUAGAAAAAGAAAAAAGUAGAUACUACACGAAAACCCGAGAAAGUAAAAGAUAGUAGUGUUUGGUAAAACAAGUGUUUUUUUCUUUAAAAAAAGCCAAAAUCAUUUUUAAUCAGUUUAUUGAAUUUUUUAUUUUGAAAACAAGCCCUUAUUAAUCAGUUUAUUGAAUUUAGAAUUUCGAUGGUUUACUAGCUUAUGAUAUAGUAUUGAAUCUUUGAAUGCUACGUUUAGUGUAAUGUUUCUUUUUUUUUCUCGAAAUAUUAGUUUUACGUUUCUAAUUGUGUCAGAAUAUGUUUUCUACUUUACUCAUUUGGGCAUUGCGCAGUUGGGAUUCGAAUUUCUCCGAGAGAAUGAACUAAUGAAGGGUACUUUGAUAAUUUACUCUGCGUGUACUCUGCAAAUGAGAAUAAUGUGAUACAGAGAGUAUCUAAUGCGGUACUAUAUUGUAAGUUUGUAACGACUAUCGAGUAAAAAUAAUUAAUGGAGAUAGACAAGUUUUUAAUUUUUUUCCCCUAAUUUAGGGUGCUAAUAGGAUAAAAGUAUAGCUAAAUAGAAUUCUUAAAAAAUGGGGGGAUAUUUCAAUUGGAUUAUACUACGUACCUUUUACAUGUAACUUUUGUGAAUAAAAACAAUUUUUACCAAGUUGUUUUGGUAAAGUGAAUUAGAUUAAUGUCUUCAUUUGUUUUUUACUAAUAUCCAGUUAUUUUCUCAAAAUGUUUUUGUAUAUUAUUUCUUAACAUUUUUAGACGUUUUCUUAGAUUCUAGAAAAAUUCACUAAUCCACAUCAAAGGCUUCAAGAUACGAAACUUUUUUAUUCUUAUGAGCAUGCGUAUGGACAUCAACACAUCUAGGUGGCUCUUUUCCAAAAUGGAAAACAGUGAAGAGGCUCUCAAGUGUUAUUCCAUGUAGUGUAGAUGAUGAAAGAUUAUUAUAAUUAAGUGCUUACUCUAAAAAUCAGCCAAAAAGUUUCUCACCCCAAAUUUAGAGUCCAACAUAUCAAAUGGGAAGCAACAAGGAGAACAUGGUUCCAGUGAUAGACUUGCAUGACUUCCCAGCACAAUCAAAAAAACUGAUAGAGGUAUGUGAGGAGUGGGGUUGCUUCAGGCUUGUCAACUUCCACAACAUUUUGUCACUUUCACUCAUGUUGGAUAUGAAACAAGUGGUGAAGUCACUGUUUGAUCUUCCAGAGGAGAUAAAAAAGAGAAACAAGCAUGUUAUUCAUGGCAGUGGUUAUACUGCCCCAACUUUGAGAGAUCCUCUGUAUGAAGCAUUUGGGCUCUAUAACAUGGCAUCACUUCAAGAUGUUGAAGCUUUCUGUACUGACUUGGAUGCCUCACCUCACCAAAGAGAGACAAUAGUGAAAUAUGCUGCAUCCGUGCAUGAAGUGAUGUUGGAGAUUGGACGAAAAUUAGCGGAAGGUUUGGGUAUGAAAGGUAAACUUUUUGAAGGGUGGUCCUGUCAGUUCAGAAUUAACAAGUACCACUUCACCUCUGAGAGUGUAGGCUCAUCUGGAGUGAUAGUACAUACAGACUCUGGAUUCCUUACAGUGUUGCAAGAUGAUGAGAGUGUGGGUGGAUUAGAAGUCAUUAAGAGAUCAGGAGAAAUUGUGGCAGUUGAUCCCUUGCCUGGUAGCCUCCUGCUUAACCUUGGAGAUAUGGCCACUAUUUGGAGCAAUGGAAGAUUUUACAAUGUAAGGCAUGGGGUGAUGUGCAAGGAACCAAAAAUGCGGCUCUCAAUUGCUUCAUUUCUUUUGGGUCCCAAAGAUGUUGCAAUAGAGCCACCACAAGAGCUUCUUGCAUCUGAUCCACGACGGUUGUAUAAACCCAUCACUUAUACGGAGCUUAGAAAACUUCGGAUACUUAACAAAUUGCAGGAUGGUAAGGCUCUUGAACUUGUAGAGGUUCAUGAAUCUGUUAUAUGACCUUCAUCUUUCAUGUCUUAUUUGGGAAGAAUGUCAGAAGCCUCAUGAUAAAAGUGGUUGAGUUGUUAAGAAUCUUUAUGUACGCAUAUUAACAAGUUUUGAUUUAUAUGAACAUCGUAUAUCAUAGUUCAACAUUAGCAAUAGUGUGUAUUAUUUGAAAUUAUUACAUACAUAAGUGCAUUACUCUAAAUAUAAAGAAAUGCAUCAUUCAAUAUAAAUGUUCCCCAAUCCCCAUACAUUCAUGAAACUUCC